CUGCGUCAGUUGGUCACGUGGUUGUUCGGAGCUGGGGAGCGGAGUUGGUAGGGCUUUACUGCAGAGCGCGCCGGACACUCCAGCGACAGUGGGGAUCAGCGUAGGUGAGCUGUGGCCUUUUUCCAGGUGCUGCAGCAACAGCGUUCGCUACAAGGAUUGAGCGUCUCCACCCAUCUUCUGUGCUGCACCAUCUACAUAAUGAAUCCCAGUAUGAAGCAGAAACAAGAAGAAAUCAAAGAGAAUGUAAAGAAUAGUUCUGUCCAAAGAAGAACUCUGAAGAUGAUUCAGCCGUCUGCAUCUGGAUCUCUUGUUGGAAGAGAAAAUGAGCUGUCCACAGGCUUGUCCAAAAGGAAACAUCGGAAUGACCAAUUAACAUCUACAACUUCCAGCCCUGGGGUUAUUGUCCCAGAAUCUAGUGAAAAUAAAAAUUUUGGGGGAGUCACCCAGGAGUCAUUUGAUCUUAUGAUUAAAGAAAAUCCAUCCUCUCAAUAUUGGAAAGAAGUGGCAGAAAAACGGAGGAAGGCGCUGUAUGAAGCACUUAAGGAAAAUGAGAAACUUCAUAAAGAAAUCGAACAAAAGGACAAUGAGAUUGCCCGCCUGAAAAAGGAGAAUAAAGAAUUGGCAGAAGUAGCAGAACAUGUACAGUAUAUGGCAGAGCUAAUAGAGAGACUGAAUGGUGAACCUCUGGAUAACUUUGAAUCACUGGAUAAUCAGGAAUUUGAUUCUGAAGAAGAAACUGUUGAGGAUUCUGUAGGGGAAGACUCAGAAAUUGGCACAUGUGCUGAAGGAAUUGUAUCUUCCUCUACGGAUGCAAAGCCAUGUAUAUGAAAUGCAUUAAUAUUUGACUGUUGAGAAUUUUACUGCCAAAGUUUACCUCCACUAGUUCUUUGUAGCAGAGUACGUAACUACAUAAUGCCAAUUCUGGAAUCAAGCUUCCUUGUUUGAAUCCUGGGACCCUAUUGUAUUAAAGUACAAAUACUAUGUAUUUUUAAUCUAUGAUGGUUUAUGUAAAUAGGAUUUUCUCAGUUGUCAGCCAUGACUUAUGUAUAUUACUAAAUAAACUUCAAACUCCUGUUGAACAUUGUGUAUAACUUAGAAUAAUGAAGUAUAAGGAGUAUGUGUAGAAAA